ACGUAGUACAGUGCGAGCGUUACGUCCGCUUUACAACCCGGACUCAGCAGCGGCUGUCGCGAGGAGACAGGCAGUGCACAAUUUGGAGAGACGACUCCAACAGUUGCAAUCGGAAUGGACUCUAUCAAUAGCCCGGUCUGGUCUGAUCAAGUUACCAGAGAAGAUGGUCGACUAUCCCAAAGUGGUGCAGCAACAUAAAGAGAGACAACGAGAGAUUAGACGACAACUUGAGGAGCGUUUAGCAUCUCUACAAUUGGAGGCACGCAACCUACUCUUACUGUACAGACCGUGGCGUUGCGUUGAAGCGGACUUUGCCGAGUUCCCAACUACAGAACUCGCUGCAGCAAUGAAUCCAAAGACGGUAGAUGUUGGUACACUCAAGUUCCCGGCGUCUGAUGAUUUUAAAGCUGACACAGUUUAUGUCACACCUACACAGCUCGCUGAAUUACGUGAGCUGGUAACUGAGUUACAAUCAGAAGAUGUUAAAGUGGAAUUAGAUUUAAAGUUAGAAGGAUGUGCGGCUUAAAGCAAAUUGUAUCUUAUAGAUAUGGAAAUAAGGUGCAAUAUGUACGAAUGUUUACGCUUUUCAUAAAAAAAUUGAACUUUAUUAGUUUGAGAUUUAAGUUGACUUUGCAAUAAGUGAAGUUUUAUAAAUUCACAAAUGAAAAGAUUCGAAAAUUAAUACUCUAAUAAAAUUAAUCUAUAUUUUUUGGUUUCAAAUUGCAAUAUCAUAUUUUUUUGUCAUCCUUAGUCUAGUAGCUGUACUAGGUCCCUGGGCGAAACUUUUACGGCGCCUCCUUUUUUAACAUGCAUUGGGGGGGGGGGAUAAAACUGGAUUACAUUUUUGUAAUUUCACAAGUGACAGAAAAUUGUCAGUUUUGCGGCGCCCUUUUCAGGCGCCUUAAAUGGGCGCCUUUUUCAGGCGCCUUAAAUGGGCGCCUAACCGCACUCUAACGCUAACCCUGCCUUAAACACUCUAAGGAAGUCAUCUAUUUCGAUUGUCCCUGUUUUUUUAUAGUCUCUCCCUUGAUCAUGUCACUUUUCUUACAAUCCAUCCAUUCCUAGGCCGGUUUAACUAAACAUUUGUGGAUUUCAUUAUGACACGGUCGAUUCGGUCCCCACCGAGUUGAAAGACCGUGUAAAAUGCUCCCCUCUACACUAAAAUACAUAGUUGUGUAGAGUUGGUGAUUGCAUUGCGUGUAUGUCUA